GAACGCGUGAACCGGCGCGGCCUUGUGCGCGAGCGCACCGCAGGUUCGAAUUGUAGUCAGUUCCACCCCAGACCGCUGCGCGAGCGUGCGUCGUUCCGUUCACACGGACGAGCAGUGGUAUCCGCACGAUCCUGUCCAAUUAGUGUUCUCGCGAGAAACGAGUUAAGUGGCCGGUUCAACUAGUGAAGUACUCGAGAUUUGCGGCAAUACAAAUGAACUAAUGUGCGUUGUCGGUGCGAUGUUUUCGUGCGAUUUUAGUGCAAGUUGACAGAAGAUAAAACUAUGUAAUAAGUGAAGUUAGUGAAUACAAAACAAUGUGUCCGGCGUGGUUAACAAGCACCUUUUUGGUGCUAAGUGCCACUUUAUCGGCUCUGUGUGCAUCAUUAUCGGCAACCACGGGAGCCCGAUAUCAAGCUCCCGAUGAAUGCCGAUGGACUACAGACGAUGAGGGUUCAGGAGUUGCCUUGCAAUGCAGAUUAAGAACUAUAAACAGUGAACUAGAAAAUACAAACUUUAGUGCAAUACAACCUCAUCUUACAGUAAGGUUGCGGCUGGAAUGCAGUGAUGCGCUAUUCUUUCAAAGCUCACUCUCCCCUGGUAGUUUUCGACAAUUAAUAGAACUACGAGAAUUAACAAUUGAAUACUGCAAAAUAGGCAAUCUUUCAGACGGCGCAUUCACGGGGUUACGCGAACUUAGAAAUUUAACGAUUAGAACGCAUAACACAGAUUGGUCUAGUAUGUCACUUGAAAUAACUUCAACCGCAUUCUCUAGAGAUGUGCAAAAUUUAGAAAGAUUGGAUCUAAGUGAAAACAAUAUGUUGGUGUUUCCCGAAGGAGCACUCUGUUCUUUAAGAAACCUGGAAUAUCUGAAUAUGACAGGAAAUAGAAUGAGGGAUAUAAGUCACUUUCAAUUCUCAUCUGCACAUCGUCACCCAACCGAGAAAUGUGGAGAUAAUUUAUUGGUGUUAGAUCUCUCUAGAAAUAUUAUUGAUACCUUACCACCAAAUUUAUUGUCUGGACUGAGAAGAUUGCAAAAAUUAUAUUUUCAGGGAAAUGGUUUAAAUUCUAUUGCAGAUAGAGCACUGGAAGGCCUUACUUCAUUAACAACUAUACGUUUUUCGGACAAUCAACUAACAAGCUUGCCUCCGGAACUAUUUAGUGAUACUAAAGACUUGAAAGAAAUAUAUUUAAAUAAUAAUACUAUCACAGUUUUAGCACCAGGUUUAUUUAGUGACUUAUUUCAACUUCUUGUUUUGGAUUUAUCGUGGAAUGAAUUAACUUCAGACUGGAUAAAUACCUCUACAUUUACUGGCCUAAAACGAUUAGUCUAUUUGGAUUUUUCACACAAUCGCGUAUCAAAAAUGGAAAUAGCAUUGUUCAGAGAUUUACAUAAUUUACAAAUAUUAAAAAUGCAAGAAAAUUUUAUUGAACAUAUUCCAGAAAACGUAUUCAGCUCGCUGAGCAAUUUACACACAUUAAUUUUAUCAAAUAAUAGAUUGACUACAAUUGAAAGUUAUGCAUUUAUGGGCUUGCAAGUACUGACUGUACUUUCUAUUGAUAGUAAUCGUAUUUCAAAGAUACAUCCACAUGCUCUACGUAACUGUUCUUCUUUACAAGAUCUGCAUAUAAAUGGAAAUAGACUUGAUGAAGUUCCCAUUGCAUUAAAAGAAAUUCCUCAAUUGAAAACUUUAGACUUAGGAGAAAACUUAAUUGUCAGCAUUGAAAAUGCAUCAUUUAUAGCAAUGCAACAAAUGUAUGGUUUGAGACUUACAGAAAAUAAUAUUGGAAAUAUAAGCAAAGGAGUCUUUGAUAAAAUGACUUCUUUAAAAAUUCUGAAUUUGUCUCGAAAUAAAAUUCAUAAAAUAGAAUCUGGCGCAUUUGAUUCUAACAUCAAUUUGCAAGCUAUACGUUUAGAUGGAAAUUAUUUAACAGAUAUUGGAGGAUUAUUUGCUAAGUUACCUAACUUGGUAUGGUUAAAUAUAUCAGAUAAUCGAUUAGGAUGGUUUGAUUAUGCUAUGAUUCCAACUGGAUUGCAGUGGCUUGACAUUCAUGCUAAUAGGAUUGCUGAACUUGGAAAUUACUUUGAAAUUGAAUCACAACUAUCUCUGAGUACGUUUGAUGCUAGUUCUAAUAGAUUAACGGAAAUAACAGGCAGUGCGAUACCAAAUUCUGUAGAAAUGUUAUAUUUAAAUGAUAAUUUAAUUUCAAAAGUCCAAUCGUAUACAUUUUUCAAGAAACCGAAUUUAACACGAGUAGACUUGUAUGGAAAUAAAAUAACAAGUCUAGAUCCGAAUUCUUUGAGAAUAUCUGCAGUACCACAAGAUAAAACAGUACCCGAAUUUUUCAUAGGUGGAAAUCCAUUGGAAUGUGACUGCACAAUGGAGUGGUUACAAAAAAUUAAUACAGGAAACAGAGCCAGAACACAACCAAAGCUAAUGGAUUUAGAUAGUAUAAAUUGCAAAUUACUUUAUAACCGUGGUAAUGCAUAUGUUGCUUUAGUAGAAGCCGCACCACAUCAGUUUUUAUGUAAAUAUGAAUUUCACUGUUUCGCACUAUGCCACUGUUGUGAUUUUGAUGCUUGUGAUUGUGAAAUGACAUGCCCAAAUAACUGCACUUGUUACCAUGAUCAGUCGUGGUCGGCCAAUGUUGUGGAGUGCUCUAAUGCUGGUUAUGUGAACAAUUUACCCGAAAGAAUACCAAUGGAGGCCACGCAACUGUACCUUGAUGGUAAUGAUAUUAAAAUGCUUCCAAGUCACGCAUUCAUCGGCAGAAAAAGACUGAAAAUACUAUACUUAAAUUCAUCAAACAUAGAAACAAUUCACAACAGAACAUUUAAUGGAUUAAAAGAACUCGAAAUACUUCACUUAGAUUACAAUAGUAUUGAACAGAUUGAAGGACAAGAAUUUAAUGGAUUAGAGAACUUACGUGAACUUUACAUAAAUCAUAAUAAAAUUAAAUACAUCGGGAAAGAAAUGUUUAACCACAUGUCACGUCUCAAAAUUUUACAUCUUCAUCAUAAUAGACUAGUUACGCUAUCAGUAUGGCAAAUUAAUAAUGCUAUAACUGAAAUAACUUUAUCCUAUAAUCCAUGGUCAUGUGAUUGUGAAUACACAGAAAUGUUCCGAGAGUGGGCAAAACGCGUCAGUUCUAUUACAGAUAUAUCAAAUCUUAGAUGCAUAUAUGCUAAAAGUAACAGCACAGAUAUUGCUAUAUAUAACGAGAGUAUGUUCAGUGAUUCAGGAUCCGGCUUUAAUAUUAUCAAUGAAAAUGGAACAAUAUGUACUGGUCUUCCAAAUAUAAAUAACAGCAUCAAUGGUAAUUUAACUGCAACUAAAACUAUAAUAAGAAAUGAUGAAAUACAAGAUUACAUACCUUUACUUGUUGCUACUCUAGGAGCAUUCUUAUUGGUGUCGUUUAUAAGCAUGAUUGUUUUCAUAUUCCGUCAAGAAAUGAGAGUGUGGUUCCAUUCUAAAUUUGGAGUGAGACUGUUCUACAGACCAAGUGACAUAGACUUAGAUGGUCGUGAAAAAAUGUUCGAUGCAUUCGUAAGUUACAGUUCUAAAGAUGAAGCAUGGGUUGCAGAGAAACUAGUACCGAUACUAGAGCGCGGUGAACCGUCAUAUAAACUGUGCUUACAUUAUCGCGACUUCCCCGUGGGUGGUUACGCUGCAGAGAACAUAAUGCAAGCCGUCGAAUCCUCGCGUCGUACAAUAAUGGUUCUCAGUGAAAAUUUCCUAAGAUCCGAGUGGUGUCAUUGUGAGUUCAAAUCUGCUCAUCAUCAAGUAUUGAGAGAUAGACGAAGAAGACUGAUAGUUGUAUUAUUAGGUGAUGUGCCUCAAAAAGAUCUCGAUCCAGAUAUAAGACUGUAUUUGAAGACCAAUACAUAUUUGCAUACGAGUGAUAAGUGGUUCUGGGAAAAGCUGAGAUUUGCUCUACCGGACGUGUCUAGUAAUCAACGGUGUCGUGAUGUACCCAGUCCAGUAUCUGGUGGUGGUGUUGCCAUGCACAGACAUCACCAUCCAAGAAACCAUCUGGGUGCGCUACCACCGCCACCGGUUCACGGUGCUCACCCUGUUUUACCACCACAUCCUUCCCACACUUCACAUCAAGUACCUCCUCGUGCAUCCCCUCGUACAAUGUCCGUCCACGUAUAGAUAAACAUAAAACAUAAUAAGUGUGCAGUAAAACUCUAAAAAAUAAUUCAGUGAAGUGAAAAACUAAACUCUUAUGAAAGUGUCUGUUCCGUUUGAAAUUGUGAUGGCUAGUCUCAUAACGUAUGUAUUGUAUAUAAACAAAUUAAUUAUAAAGGUAUAAGUAUGUAAAUAUUUAGAAUCUAAAUAAAUUCAUCGUCACUAAUUUCUUUUAAAUACAUAUGCAUUAAUGCUGUAUUUGAAUUCCAUUAAUUUGCCAAUAUAAUUUUGACAGAAACAUGUAUUUUAUAUAAUUCUAUUAUUGAUAUUAUAAAUUGUUGUAGGCCUAUAUGCAGGUCUGUUUUAGAGGCAAAAUUUGCCCUAUUUAAUAUUAAGGCAGUGUUGCCACUAUCUGUGAUAAAACUAGUACUAGUAAGCAUUGUGUAGUUUCCCAUCAAUGUAUAUUUUGUAUUUUAGUCUUAAGCGAAAGACAAUAUUUAUUGUAAAGAUUUUGAAAAGCUGACUGUGUCAAAAGUGAUAAUUGAAAAAUUAAAAAGUAUGAAAUUAA